AAAAUCCAUCAAGGCUUAGAUUUUCGGAGAUCCUUCAAAGCACACAGCUCUGCUCUGCCUUGUAAUAAGAAACACUGCAGAUAAAACUUCUGGAAUGCAUAGAGUGAUUUUCCUGGUCCUACUUUCAAGCUGUUGGAUCUUUUCCUGUGAAGGAUAUGACCCUUGCUGUGCAGAACCUUGCCAAAACCAGGGUGUUUGUCUAUCCAAAGGUGCCGAUGCUUAUGAAUGUGACUGUACCAGGACAGGAUAUUACGGCGUAAACUGCACUUCUCCUGAACUGCUGACAUGGAUCAAAUUGACUCUGAAACCAGCUCCAAGCACAUUGCAUUACAUCCUAACACAUUAUAAAUGGAUUUGGGAUCUGAUCAACAAAAUUUCUUAUUUGAGAAAUUCCAUAAUGGCCUAUGUCCUGACAUCAAGAGCACAUUUGAUCGACAGUCCACCAACUUACAAUGCAGAAUAUGGCUACAAAAGCUGGGAAGCAUAUUCCAACCUGUCCUACUACACGCGCACUCUUCCGCCAUUGUCCAGGAACUGUCCUACACCUGAUCUCCCCAAUCCAAAGCAGGUUGUGGAGAAAGUGCUGUUAAGAAAACAGUUCAUCCCUGAUCCGCAAGGGACCAGUCUUAUGUUUGCCUUCUUCGCCCAGCAUUUCACUCACCAGUUCUUCAAAACCGACUUUAAAAAAGGACCAGCAUUCACAAAAGCCCUAGGCCAUGGAGUGGAUUUAAGUCAUAUUUAUGGAGAAACACUGGAAAAACAACACAAACUUCGUCUGUUUAAAGAUGGCAAGCUGAAGUAUCAGAUUGUGGAUGGUGAGGUAUACCCUCCUCUGGUGAAAGAUGUCCAGGUGGAGAUGCACUACCCUCCUCAUAUCCCAGAAGAUCAGAAAUUCGCUGUUGGCCAUGAAGUCUUCGGUCUGGUUCCAGGUUUGAUGAUGUACGCUACCAUUUGGCUGCGCGAACACAAUCGUGUCUGUGAUGUCAUGAGGCAAGAACAUCCCGACUGGGACGAUGAAAGAAUCUUUCAGACCACCCGUCUUAUCCUCAUCGGUGAGACCAUCAAAAUUGUGAUCGAGGACUAUGUUCAGCAUCUGAGCGGCUACCACUUCAAGCUCAAGUUUGACCCAGAGCUUCUCUUCAAUCAACGCUUCCAGUACCAGAAUCGCAUCGCAUCUGAGUUUAACACUUUAUAUCACUGGCACCCACUGAUGCCCGACAACUUCAACAUCCAGGAUGAGGUCUACGGCUACCACCAGUUCGUAUUUAACAACUCCAUAGUGACAGAACACGGCAUACGCAACAUGGUGGAGUCCUUCAGCAAACAGAGAGCUGGAAGGGUCGCUGGUGGACGCAACCUGCCAGCCGCGGUCCAGGGAGUGGCUGUUAAAGCUUUAGAACAUUCCAGAGAGAUGCGUUACCAGUCUUUCAAUGCCUAUAGGAAGCGCUUCAACAUGAAGCCCUACAUGUCCUUUGAGGAAAUGACAGGAGACAAGGAGCUAGCAGCUGAUCUAAAGAGCCUGUAUGGCGAUGUAAAUGCAGUUGAGCUGUAUACUGGUCUUCUUAUUGAGAAGCCCAGACCCAACUCUGUCUUUGGGGAGACUAUGGUGGAGAUGGGAGCCCCCUACUCUCUGAAAGGCCUCAUGGGAAAUGCUAUUUGUUCUCCUGAAUACUGGAUGCCAAGCACAUUUGGUGGGAAAGUUGGAUUUGACAUUGUUAACAGUGCAUCACUAAAGAAGCUGGUGUGCUCGAACAUCAAAGGUCCCUGUCCAGUGGUGUCCUUUCAGGUGCCCGAAGUAAAAUAUCAAAAUGUAGAAAAAGUUAAUUUAAGCUCAGUGCACUCCACACAAAAUAAUAUAAACCCAACUGUUGUCUUGAGAGAGAGAAGUUCAGAGCUUUAAAUGCACAUCAGCAUUAUGCUUGUAAGGCUUGAGUAUUUUUACUUGAUAUUUAAAGGUGCAGUGUGGGACAUUGAGAUUGUGAAUUGCAACCAACGGCUAAGUCCAGAGCCCCCCCCCCCCAUGUAUGUGAUAUUGCACAAGUCCCACAUGGCACCUUUAAGUUUUUAUUUAUUAGUUUAUUUAUUUAAAUAAUUUAUUUGAAUAAUUUAUAAUUUAUGUGUGAUUUGUACUGAUUGUUUUUUAUAUACGUUUUAUUGUGAUGUACUGUUUGUAUCUAUGUCUGACAAACUUUAAC